AUGGAGGACCCUUGGGCCGCCUCUCCCUGGACGACGCCCGCCCCCGAGAACGACCGGGGCCCAGAGCCGCCACCUCGCGCAUUCCUCACGUCCACGACCACCGACAGCUUACCAGGGUUGGAAUUCACUUCGCCUUGGGGUGGCGAUGAUGAUUCCAACUGGGCCUCGGGCUCGCUGAAUGUCUGGGGGAAUGGUGCGACAGACAACCCGCGGUCCCGGUCGCGCGAGAAUAGUGUACAGAGCCUGGCGGGGUCGCGGCCACGGUCGAGGGACAAUAGCGUCAGCGGCAGGGCGUGGCCGAUAGCGUCUCCGGGGCUUGCGGCGAAGACGCUGUCGAGAUCUAGCUCGAACUCUGUGUUGAGGCUUCCGGGGACGCAGUUGGACCCUUGGGCGUCAGAUACGAGUCUGGAAUUGCCUCCCAGCCCGCCCAAGGCCGCCGUAUCACCUGGGUUUAGUGCAAAGUUCAACCCGCAGGAUACCAUCCCCGAGGCGUCCCCUGAUCCUGAUGAAUUCAAAGAACUCGAGGUGGGAAGCCCGCAGUGGGGGAGGGAUAAGGAACACAGCGUUGUUGAAAUCAAGGAUACGACGACAGAAGAGACGGACCGCCGAGCGCAAGAUUCGCAAGAGGAAGCAUCAGAUCAAAAUGGCAAAACCACACGGUCUCGCGCAUCAACUUCAUGUUCCGAUGAUAGCAGACAGGACACCAGGCCACAAGACUCGCCCAUCACAUCUAUAGACGAAGACUCUAGACUCAAGCCCUUGCCACACAGCCCAAUGCAGAGAAAGGUGUCGGCCAAAGUGUCGGACCUAGCCAAGAUGUUUGACAGCGCCGGAAAAUCGUCUCCGGCAACAUCGAUACCGCGGCCUAUACCGUCGACGCGCAAGAACUUUAAGGAACUUGUCGAGGUGGCUCGGGUCAGCUCGACGACUACGGCCACCACGGUCGCAACUUCGAUACCACGUCCACUACCUGCGACUAGGGCUAGCUUCCAGACGCUUGUUGAAGCUGCCAACAUUAGCACGCAACCCGAGCUUCCCGCGACGUCGGUCCCGCGCCCACCGCCGCCCACCCGUACCAACUUUCAAGAGCUUAUAGACAAGUUCGGCUCGGUACAGUACCAGCAAGAGUUGACGGACAAGUAUGGUGAUGUACAGUUUACGGCUGAUCUCAAAGCCGUUGAUGAGCUCUUUGAGAAGCUGGACCUUAGGGAUUCCACUUUUGCAGAUCCAGAAGAUGCCGACGUCUCGGAUCGAAUCAUCACAGACACAUUUUCGUCAAUUUCUGAACGGCGGGUAUGGUAUCGUGUCUCUCGGCAAGGGACCAAGCGACUGCAUGAUGCCGGCGGUGACGACUAUUACCGAAGAGUAACUUGGCGCACGUCGGAAGUGCGGAACGACACGUUCAAAAUUGUGCGGCGGUGGAUGGAGGAAGAUGCUUUCACGGGUGGUCGAUCUCAUCUCAGGGGCUACAGCGGGGGAGCGAACAAGGCAAAAGGUGCCGCCUUUGGCUGGGAUUCGUCGGUCCCUGACGAGCCCGUGAACCUAGACGAGGUCUUUAAGAAGAAACGACAGAGUGCACCGCCGGCACCCAGAAAAGUUGACCAAACCCCUGCUCCUGCCAUGGCGAGUUUUGGAUGGAGCUCGACACCUAGUGCCGCACCAUCGAACGGGUUCUCUUGGAGCACUUCGAUGAUGGACGCGGCAAAACCACCCGCACCGAACGGGGGUCCGCGGCCUGUGUCUAUGUUUGCGACAUCAAAGCCAUUGGAUCCUCCGAGUUUGGCCCCGGGUAAUAAAGAGGAGGACGACGACUGGGGAGAGAUGGUUACAUCCCCUGGAGCCAACGGGAAUACAAUCGAUCCUGCAUUCUCCAUGAUCAAGAACUUGGACCCACGUGACAAGGCAAACGCGGACGUGAAGGCGCCAGCAGUCAAGAGUGCAACCCCCGUUUCCUCCGACGCGAUUCAGCCAGCAAAACCACCCAAGACAGCAUCAACACCGGCUGCAUCGCAACCGAGUGACCAAGCGUCUACUGCGGUUAGCGACCCGUGGGAUCUGUCCUUCUUUGGCGCUCCUGAUCCUCCGGCGCCUGCGAGUACAGUUGGCAGUCUUCAACCUGUCCCCACCACCGGGAUUAAAGAUUCCACCCCUCGCUCGCACUCGCCGUUACCUGCCGACUCGAAACCAAGGAAGAUGGUUUCCUUUGAGGGAAUGCAAGAUCCAGCCGACGACGCUUACGAAGAUGAAGUCCGUCGCGUGGUGCGGAACUUGCCAGACCUGACGUACAUGCUUGGAUGA